AUGCUCAGUCUGCAGAGAUUGGUUUCGCUGCUGUGCGUUAGCAUUGCGCUGGGCAUGGCUGGGCUGGCUGCGUACCGCGCGACCCAUCCGAUCGAGCGCAACUCAUGCUACAUGACGUACAUGUGGCCUCAGUACGUGGACGUUCCGCUGCCUGCUUCGAGCAGCAAUCCAGCCACUGCACAUUACCGAUUGCUGCUCUACCAUGGCUCGGGAGCUGACUUCCGAGAAGAGCUGUCUGGAUUAACUGGCAGUGUCAUUCCAGGCCAGGUCGCCUUUGCUUUCCAGGCUAUACAACAUCUCCGACAACAAGCAGCAACGCGGGCCGGGCCCAUCGUCUUGGUUGGCCAUUCUAUGGGUGGAGUCGUCGCCAGGCUUCUGCUCGAGCAGCAUCCCGAACUUGUUCCGCAUGUGGCGUUGGUUGUUACGCUCGCCACGCCUCAACACAGUCUUGCUGGCGUUCUGGACGCUCACCUCCGCAGCAUCCACGCAAGCAUAUCCACCUCCAGCCGCUGCUACAACGUGACACGUCCAUUCCCGCCUGUCCUAUCGAUUGCUGGCGGACUUGCAGACACGCUCAUUCGCCAAGAUUUAGUGCUCGUCGACGACGCACCACCUGGCCGCAUUGUUCAAGGUGUCUCGUCUUCCAUUCCGUAUGUCUGGGCGGCUGCUGAUCAUAACUGCAUCAUGUGGUGCAAUCAAUUGGCUCUGAGGAUCAUCCUGCUUCUCGGUCGCGCUCUUCCGUCACCCAAAGCGAGCGGUGGCGAGAUUGCGACGACUAUUCAAUCUCUCUUUUUCGAAGAAUUGCCAGCCGACAUGUCCAAUCACUGUUUCCGAGUACCGCGUGCCAACAAGGACGAGGAGACGUUUAUUCUGAUCGAUGACACCAACGCGGAAGCAUUCCUUGUCCAAGUGGUUGUUUCCAAAGGGUCAUCUGUUACGAGCGAUUCGCGCAAGAAUGUCGUUCUUCGCUUUAACGUUCCGAAUCAUCACGAAGAGCAUUUCGUUGCUGCAAACAGUGACACCCCCGCCGUUCUCUCCCUCAUACUCGCUAUGCCGGUUGCGCGGCGGGUGCCCUCGUCCAGCCUGGCCGUACCAACCCUUGAAAUGAUACGCCCGGCCGGUUAUCACGUGUCUCUUUCCAUUACCUUUGACUGGCCGACAAUCGCGAUGCGCGUUUUGGCUUUAGUUGGGCCCGUCGUUUUCUCGACCGCUGCUGCCGUGUCGGUGCUGCCAUUUGUUGCCAUGUAUCCCGACGGUCAGCUUUCCGGAUUGUUAGGGUCUGCCAGUGCUUUCGGAGCCACACUUUCCGUUACCCCAGUUCUCUUUGCCGUUGUUGGCUUCUCAAUACAACACCAAGAAGAAACUAGUUUUGAUGCUCUCCAGCAUUUGGGUGCUCCCGUCUCGCCCCUGUUUGUGUUCUUGAUUGCUGUGCUCGGAAUCGGACUUGCUGUGCUCGUCUCUGCAGUCGUUCGAGUCGAAGCCUUUCUUUUCGAUCGAUUGUUUUCGAUAAUGAGGCGCUCCGCCAUCGCCCAGCCUUCGCGCUUCAAGUUUCCGCUGUACGUGUGCUUGAUUGGUUGA